AUGAAAAUAAGCACAAUUACAAUAGCAAAAAUUUUUGUGCUUUUAGCACUUUUAUGCUUUACAAAUGUUUAAGCAGCAUAAAAUCCUAGCUAGAAACUAAACAAACUUAGCGGAUCUAUAAAAGCAUUGGCUAUUAUCAUAAAUGAUGCAUUCAACAGUAGAGUAAAAUUAGGAAAUCUUGCUAUCCUAAAGUAGUUAAAAAAAUAACUUGUUGAAAUAAGAUAGGAGAGUGAUUCUUCUUAAGAAGCAGCUGCUAAAAUAAUAAAUAUGAACAAGGAUACUCUCAUUUAAGGAUAAAUGAUCGUAAAAAAAGACUCUAAAAUUGAUAAAGUUAUUGCAAAAGAUAAUAUUUUAAUAUCUGAAAAUUUAUACAGCAAAACUACUGAAUCUACUCGCAUAUAAACUAAUGAUCUUUAUAUUAAUUCUAUUCAUUCAUUAAACUCAGAAGAUUCUAUUAUUAUUGCUGGAAAAAUUGUCACAAAGAAGCUUACUGCAGGUGAUAAAGCUAAUAUUGCUGCUCUUAAAGUCAAUGGCUAAACUUAAUGGUCACUUAUUGAACAUGAAGAUUUUGAAUCUCAUAAUGCAAAUCAAAGUGGAUAAUGGAGUUUAUUGUAGCAAAACAGCUGCUAAAACUUAAUUUAAAAUAAAUUUAAUGGUGGUUAUUGUAAAGUUUCCUCUUAGUAAAUUACAAAAGUUUUUAAAGAUUUGCCAGAACACACUCAGAUAAAAUUAAGUGGAACUCUUCAUGCUUUUGAUAAUUGGGAAGGAGAAAAGCUUUAUGUUUAGGUUAAUGGCAAGCAAAUUUGGAGCAAAAGCAUAGAUAACUCAAGAGGAGUAUCAGUGUGUGGAAAUGAUUAAUUUGAUUAAAUAAAUAUUAAAUUUGAAAAGAUUCUUCUAAACAGUGAUAAUGAAAUAGAAGUUACUUUUGGCUCUGAAUUAAAAAAAGACUCUUGUGAUGCUAGUUAUGCAAUUGAUGAUAUAAUUUUAAGUGUUCGUUGA